AUGAUCCAGGUGACAACUGGUGGAAGAGCCAGCUACUACGUGUCCUAUCGGAGAGAGGCCUUCACCCAGAUAAAGCUGCCCAAGUACUCCCUGCCCAAGGACAUGCACAUCAUCAGUACUGAUGAGAACCAAGUGUUUGCAGCCGUCCAAGAAUGGAACCAGAAUGACACGUACAACCUCUACAUCUCAGACACGCGUGGCAUCUACUUCACCCUGGCCAUGGAGAACAUUAAGAGUAGCCGAGGUCUAAUGGGAAACAUUAUUAUUGAAUUGUAUGAGGUAGCAGGUAUCAAAGGGAUAUUCUUGGCAAACAAGAAGGUGGAUGACCAGGUGAAGACAUACAUCACUUACAACAAGGGCAGAGACUGGCGCCUACUUCAAGCCCCAGAUGUGGACCUGCGUGGAAGUCCAGUACACUGCUUGCUGCCCUUCUGCUCCUUACACCUGCACUUGCAGAUCUCUGAAAAUCCGUAUUCCUCAGGAAGAAUUUCUAGCAAGGAGACAGCCCCGGGACUCGUGGUGGCUACAGGCAACAUUGGCCCGGAGCUCUCAUAUACUGAUAUUGGUGUGUUCAUCUCUUCUGAUGGGGGCAACACAUGGAGACAGAUCUUUGAUGAAGAGUACAAUGUCUGGUUCCUAGACUGGGGUGGCGCCCUCGUGGCCAUGAAACACACACCUCUACCAGUCAGACAUUUGUGGGUGAGUUUUGACGAGGGCCACUCCUGGGACAAGUAUGGCUUCACUUCGGUUCCUCUCUUUGUUGACGGGGCUCUGGUGGAGGCAGGAGUGGAGACCCAAAUCAUGACUGACUAUGGCUAUGAGAGACAUGGAGAGAGCCAGUGUGUCCCAGCUUUCUGGUACAACCCAGCCUCCCCAUCAAAGGACUGCAGCCUUGGUCAAAGCUACCUUAACAGCACUGGGUACCGGCGGAUUGUGUCCAACAACUGCACGGACGGGCUGAGGGAGAAGUACACGGCCAAGGCCCAGAUGUGUCCCGGAAAAGCCCCUCGAGGCCUCCAUGUGGUGACAACCGAUGGACGCCUGGUGGCAGAGCAGGGGCAUAAUGCGACUUUCAUCAUCCUCAUGGAGGAGGGUGAUCUCCAAAGGACAAACAUCCAGCUUGACUUUGGGGAUGGAAUCGCGGUGUCCUAUGCUAACUUCAGCCCCAUUGAGGACGGCAUCAAGCACGUGUACAAGAGUGCGGGGAUCUUCCAGGUGACGGCCUAUGCGGAGAACAACCUGGGCUCGGACACAGCUGUCCUGUUCCUGCACGUGGUUUGUCCCGUGGAACAUGUUCAUCUCCGAGUGCCAUUUGUCGCCAUAAGAAAUAAGGAGGUCAACAUCAGUGCAGUUGUGUGGCCCAGUCAGCUGGGGACCCUUACCUAUUUCUGGUGGUUUGGCAAUAGCACGAAGGACAAACACUCCAAGUCACAGUUACUGAAUGAAGGCUCUGAAUAUUUUUAUGGCCUUAAAGUGACUGGUGUCCCAGAAGACCAGAUCCUGGUGGCCGUGUUCCCUGGCCUCCCCACUUCAGCAGAGCUCUUCAUCCUUCCCCCCAAGAACUUGACUGAGAGGAGGAAAGGCAACGAAGAGGACCUGGAACAAAUUGUAGAGAUGCUGUUUAAUGCUCUAAACCAAAACUUGGUGCAGUUUGAGCUGAAGCCAGGGGUUCAAGUUAUUGUGUUUGUCACACAGCUGACAUUAGCUCCGUUGGUGGACUCCAGUGCUGGGCACAGCAGCUCGGCCAUGCUUAUGCUCUUGUCAGUGGUGUUUGUUGGCCUGGCUGUGUUUCUAAUCUACAAGUUUAAAAGGAAAAUCCCCUGGAUUAACAUCUAUGCUCAAGUCCAGCACGACAAGGAGCAGGAGAUGAUUGGGUCAGUGAGCCAAAGUGAAAACACCCCCAAAAUCACACUCAGUGACUUCACCGAGCCCGAGGAACUGCUGGACAAAGAGCUGGACACCCGGGUCAUAGGAGGCAUUGUGAGCAUUGCGAACAGCGAAAGCACAAAGGAGAUCCCCAACUGCACUAGCGUUUAAUACCAACCAGCCACGUGGUCGGCCAUCUUUCUGACUUUAUUUUUGAUGAUCACUAUGACUAUGAUGGAAAAAAUGAAAAUGUCUUUUUUACCUUUUGUUUACAAGGGCCCCUUCAUAAAUAGCAGGCAGAUGCUUAGCUUUGGGAGGCAAAAGGCAUUCUUAGCUGAUUAAAACGAGACAAAAAGAAUAAAUGGCUGUAUUUGUGCUAAGGGCAAAGGAUGCAUCUUCCCAUGGCCGCCUUGCUUUAUUCUGCCACUGACCAUAUGAGGACUCCUUUUCCUCGUGGUCUCUUCAUUUUUUUUUCUUUUUUUAAGUUGAGUUGGCUUCUCAUUAACCUCCCAUGUCCCCCCCUCCAGCCCCCGCAACAUCACCCACACCCUCCCCCCAGCACACACACUCUAAAAAACACAGACCAUUUCCCAGUUAGAUCUACAGGAGGUGGGUUGGUGGGGAGUGAAAGUAGGUGCAGAAAGCGUGCGCACCUUUACGAGAAAGAGGCCCUGCCUCGUGCAUGUCAAUAGCGAGGCUACAGAUGGCUUACUGUAUAUAAUUACAAUGUAAAUAGCUUUUUAUUUCCUAAGAAAUAAUUUAAUGUUUAGUAAAAAAGAAAACAGAAAAAAGAAAGAUGUGUGUGUUGGCUUAUGCACUCACCCUCAGAGCUGACCAACCCCCAGGCCUGCUAGACGUGUUGGGUUCUGGACGCUCUCCAGUUGUCUGUCACACUUAACUCUUGCAUCUCUGUGUCCAUGCCAUAGCUGGUUUCUACUUAUGUAUAUAAAGGGGCGCAGGGUGGGCUUCUUUGGGCCAAGUCGUUAAGGAAGGAGUAGACUGACAUCCUAGAACAUGGGGGGCUUUCUAUGCCAUCAGUGACCUGGAAGAAGUUGCAAGACGAAGCCCACCAGAGACUUCAAACUGAGACGCAGGUGGGGCAACAGGCUUCCCCUCCAAAAGGAAAGCGUGGAGGAUGUUGAUCAGCCUGAGAAAAUGGGUUUUCUCUAAAGAAGCUCGGCCGCGGAUCAGAAAGGGACCGUUUUUCUGCUUUCUGGUUGGAUUCCUUCUGGAGAAUUCUUGGGCUGUUUUGAGCUCAGAAGAGUCCCCUCGGCCUCGGGCGAGGCCUAGUGAGUGCAUCUGGGCACAGGAGGAGUGAGAGCGCUUGGGAGGGAUGGGGCAUUUGCAACAUCACGAGUCUGUGUAAGCCCUUGCAGGCCAAAGAGGGGGCUAGCCUUUCAUGAUAUUAGUCCAAGAUGAUUUUAGCAAAGCUGUGCUAUAUGCUUGUCAGAUGUACACAACUUCCUUAAAGUCAAAUGUCUGCCUUCAGUUCCCUUAAGAUAGUUCUUGCCUCUGGGUGAGCGGCUUUCCAAGCCAGCUUUCUCGUUCCCAGCCCCCUGGCCCCUCCGCCCAUUCGCACACACCACUUCUGUUCCCUAGGGUCACUUUAAGCCAUGCCGUAAGCAUUGUUUUCUUUUCAGGCGCAGCCUGAGUACACUUGUUUUACAAAAUGAUAUACUGUAUAUAUAUAUAUGGGAGGAAGGGCCGGAUUUUGUACCUGUUAAUUUUUGUGAGAUAUCGUUCGCCUUCUUUGUGAGACCCUGAGAGAAUGUGACCUAGAGAAGGCUGACUGGCUACAGCGUAGAUCAGGAAGAGGAGUGCUUCUAGGGAUCCUGCUUUUUUGUUUCAAGGGUUAAAAAUGGGCAGACAAUUGCAAUACUUGUACUAAAUACUGGAAUACAAAUGCAUGAGUCAUGUCUAUAUAUACAGUAUAUGUACAUAUACUGUUCUUGAUUUUAUUGUUCCAUUUGAAUAUUUCUACUGUAAAAAAAAAAAGACAGUGGUUUUGAAAUUGUUGAAAAUAAAUGUAUUUUUGUACA